GUAUGAACUAUUUUAGGUCGCAGCAGAUGUACUGACAGCGCUGUUGUCUGCAGAAUAAAGUGUAGCCUCUAGGUAGAAGCAUUGAUGAUGUUAGGUAUCAUAGAGAUCAGUCUUGGAAAAGACAACAUCCAAGGUCGAGAAAGCUAGUCAUAUGGAAGUUGCAGCCAAUUCACUUGCUGCUUACUCUAUAUUAGUAUGCAUGAAGUAUUUUGAGCAGAAGAGAGUUGGUGUAUGUUGCUGAAGUUCGGGAAAGUAUCGGUUGCUAAUGCUAGCCAUCCAGCUUGCUGCUUAUUUAAGCUAUGUUAUGUUGCAGAAGUAACGCUAUAUGCGUAUUUUUGUUGGCACCGUCCACGAUGUAAGCACAGGUUAACGUCUUUGCUGUGACAGUUAUUUCCCCCUGAACUUCCUUUUAAGUUGCACGUAACUCGCAAGUGAACAAGAUGAUCAAAGAAAACAGUAACCUGUUUUCUGACGCCAAUUGUAAAGUAUGCAACGCGGUCCUGAUUUCAGAAUCGCAAAAACUUGCCCACUAUCAGAGUAAAAAACAUGCCAAUAAAGUUCGCCGCUACAUGACCAUUCACAAGGACGAGGAGCCAUCAGUGAAGAGGUUCAAAUCGCCCUCCACCACCGACAGUGUCAGCGACAACGGGGAGGCGGACCGCUACAAAGUCUGCCCCGUGUGCAACAUGACCUUCUCCUCGCGGGUGGUGGCGGAGUCGCACUACCAGGGAAAGGUGCACGCCAAGAACCUGAAGCUGAAGACCUACGGCUUCCAGGCUCCAGCGCUGCCUCCCGCUAAGACCCCCAGUAAGAAGAAGGUGGAGGUGCAGAGCGCGGCGUCCCAGGGCCCAGCAGAGGGCGACCCCGAGCGCUUCUGCUCCAUCUGCCACGCCUCCUUCAACAACCCGCUGAUGGCCACGCAGCACUACGCCGGCAAGAAACACAAGAAGCAGCUCACCAAGAUGAAGCUGCUGGAGACCUACGGCCCGUCCUCCACCCCCGCCUCCACAGUGAAGGGCUACCCCUGCACAGUGUGCAACAUCGAGCUCAACUCUGUGGAGCAGUACCAGGCCCACAUCAGCGGCUCCAAACACAAGAACCAUGUGAGGGUGAAGAAGGGAAACAGCACUUUCACCAGCCCCUCAGAAACGCUUCAGCCUGCCGAGCCAUACCCAACAGCGCCCCUGCAGGAGGACUGGGGUAACUACAACCAGGACUAUGAGUGACCAGAGGGACCACCCCAAAAAAAACAACAUGGCAGAGUCUACAGACAGAGCACCCCUCAAAAACAACAUGGCAGAGUCUACAGACAGAGCACCCCUCAAAAACAACAUGGCAGAGUCUACAGACAGAGCACCCAUCAAAAACAACACAGCAGUGUCGCUACAGGGAGAGAACACCUCAAAAACAACAUGGCAGAGUCUACAGACAGAGCACCCAUCAAAAACAACACAGCAGUGUCGCUACAGGGAGAGAACACCUCAAAAACAACAUGGCAGUCUCUACGGAGAGAACCCCACGAAAACAACACAGCAGAGUCUCUACAGGGAGAGAACCCCACAGAAAUCACACGCCAGUUUAUACAGAGAGACACCAAUCAGCAAACGUGUUGCAUCCCCAAAAAACCCACACCCUCAUCCUCUCGCUUUGACUCUCCCUCUAUCUCUCUCUGUCCGUUGGUCUUUUUCACACUCUGUCUCUCACUCCAUCUCCUCUAAACCUUCGACAUGCCGCUUGUUCUGGAAAGUUCUCUAUGAUAUUUUAUUAUUAUAUUUUAGUCAGUCAUGGGUGGUGCUGGCAUUCUGGGUAGUCCCUGCUCGUGUCUCUGAGGUAGUCGUUGGGGGGGGGGGGGCGCAGGCAUUCUGGGUAAUCCCUACCCAGGUCUCUGAGUUAGUCGUAGGGGAAGCAGGCAUUCUGGGUAGUUCCUGCCCGCGUCUCCGAGUUAGUCUUAGGGGAAGCAGGCAUUCUGGGUAAUCCCUGCCCAUGUGUCUGAGUUAGGCGUAGGGGAAACAGGCAUUCUGGGUAAUCCCUGCUCGUGUGUCUGAGGACCGCAGGGUUUCUCAGUGAUGCCGCAGGGGCCACGCAGGCCUGAUUGGCUGGUCCUUGGAGACGGGCCUCGGUUGUUAUGGGGCGUCUCUGUUGCUGCUGAUUCAGAAUCCACACAUUUGUUGUAUAUGUGAUGUUAUAUACACGUAUAUAUAAUUUUGUAUCUACAAUGUUUUUUUUUCAUUCAAGUUCUCAUUUUUACCUGUGAUUUUGUUGUCGCAUUUUAGCUUCUGAGUGGAGCCAGUGUUCUCAAGGUUUUCUUGUUUCUUAGGUCUGCAGUUACUUGCUUUUUUAUCACAAGUAUGAGGUGUAUAGAGCAGAGGAGUUAUGCCUUGGUACAGAAUGAAAAUAUCGCACUUGCCCUUGAUCGGUGGUUUUAUUUUUUGUUUUUACAUAUUCCCCCCAGCAUUGUCAUCUUUGCUGAAUAUGAAAUUGUGUGAUUGUUUCUUACUUGGUGCAAGCUGUUGGUUCUGUCUCUUAAGAGCAGCUUUGUUUUAAUUAAAUAAUUGUUUUCAUACAUUUUUAGGCGAAUAAACGACACAAAGCUGCUCAGUUGAGACUGAAAGGUGCUGUAACCAGAAAGCUAAUCUGAUUUAUUUUUACCUGGUAGGUUUAGAAGUCACGCAAUAACAGGUAAAUGUUUUGGCUUCCUUUUCCUUCUGCGUGGUAGAAUGUGUGCUCAUGUAGAUUCCCAUUUAUCUAGACUUUGAUCUUCUGACUCUGUACUGAUUCAUAGUGUUAAGCUAGCCUGAAAAUCAUGAAAGAAAGCCUAAUAUGGAUGAGAAUAUUUGUUGGUGAGUACAGAGAGAAUGUUUUUUAUCUGCUGUGUGUAGCGACGGGUUCAGGAUGAAGGGAACCUGGUUGAUGCUGAACCGUAUGUGGCCAGUAGCUCCUCGUCUGCUCAGCUAAUUUUAACGGACACAUAAAUAGGGAAUAAUGGGGGGGGGGGGGUGCUUAUCAGAACGGGAGCCAGGAGAGCCAGCAGGAAGCUUAAGGUCAGAACUUCUCAAGCUCGAUGAGAAGGCUUCUUUUUAUGUCAUAGAUCCAAGUCCACAAUCUCGGUACUGAGGUUUUAAAAAAAACUUUUCUGUUGCUAAGUUAAAAUUUAUUUGUCUUCAUUUUCUUUUUUGUGGGUUAUGUACCUAGGAAGUAACUGAAUGUGAGAAGGCCUAGCAGCCUAGUUUGUGAACUGAAGUAGUUACAAACGAUUUGUACUGUUUGUAUGAUUUGCGGUUUACAUGCAAACGACAUGCUUAAUCAAUAUGGUUAAAAUAGCAGUUUGAAAGUGUUGUGAAAACUUCCUCAAACAUUUGACGUUUGAGAUGGUUUUCUUGUGUGCUCUUCGAUGUAAUCAUUCGCCAUAGUGGUUUCCCCCCGGUUUGACGAGCAGAAUGUGUGAUAAAUGCUUGUGUUAAGAGUCCGGGGAACAUGAGUGGACACACUUUAAUAUAAUAUGUUAUUUAACAGACAGGGCUGUAUAACACGUGUGUAAAUAACUUAGCUGAAACGGGCCUGCUCUUUCAAACCUCAUAGUGUUAGUCGAUGUUGUACUUGACGAGAUUUAUUUUAAAUAUGGUACAUGUCUGCCUAGAGAAAUAUUAAGAAAAUGUACAUCUAGUAAAACAUGUUUUAACAACGCCUUGUCUGUUCUUGUAGAACACUAACCAACACCAUGACUGACCCCGACCACCACGGUAACACAGGGUCCUAAUAUCGGCCAUUUUCCCUGUUAUCUGUGUCUGCACCAGCAGGGGGCGCACACAUCCUCCUGAUCGUGACCCACUGGCCUCUUUUCGGAUAUUGCUGCAGUAAUUUGCAUUAGUUUUAAUAAGGAAGCUCGAAAGGGAGAGCUGGAAUUGAUUCCUCAGAUGACCGACUUCGUUCCACCAAAGUGCAUUAAAAAACUAUCCUCCCAAUAUCCACAAAACGGUCUUUUGAAAGUGGCACAUUGAAAUUAGUAGUAAGUGUGACACAAACCAAAAAAAAUCAAUUCCUUCAUGUUAAGAGCUAUGCUAGAAGUGGUUCAUAAAUGCCUUUUAAGACUUGAACACAUGAAUUGGAAUAUCUUAGGAGGCCCUUUGGUUUUGAGUGUAGCUUCUGAAGAGCUUUUAGCUGUCCUCAAGUCGAUUUGUUUAAACUGAGAAAUUCUCUUCAUCUGAAAUUAAUUUCUGCCAAGUAAUAACUGCUCAUGAAAUCUACAGUUUGAUAUUAGAAGAGUCACUGCCAUUUUGUGUUAGAGUCAAGGUACAUUUAAUUAGGAAUUAUUUCUCUGUAUAAAUAUGUCAGUUGGUAAGGCAUACUGAAUGGGGACUGCUUUAGACUUAUGCCAUGUGUAUAAAAAUCUCUGAUUCCGUUCGAUUUGUUUGGGCGGCAGUAAGUGAAACGCCUGAUUAGCUAGCUAGUGUUAGCUAUGUUGGCUCGCCGGCUUGCUUUGCCCAGCUGCACCUUCAGAUACAGUAGGACUCACAGUCUCUCUCUCACAUAGAGGUGAGCUUACUUGUUUGCUAAUGCUAAUGAUAAUGCUCGCUAAGUCGGAUAUUUAAUGUGAGCUAGUUUAUGUGACAGGGACAAAUGUAAAUGAAUAACAUUACUGUAAAUGUGCAGGAGUUGGCCAGGACACUGCAGUCCCUGGGAUGCAGGUUUGGCUGUGGGAGAUCACAAGGAGAAUGUGCAAACUCCUCACUGGGGGGACCCGGGCCAGCCGGGACUCAAACCUGCAACCUCCUUACAAGGCAAAGGUGCUGACUGCUAAUGCUAGCUCACUAAGAGUAUACUUUUUAAAAAUCCUGUCCUUGAUGUCGCCUUAGCUUAUAUAUAUUUUCUGUCUUUAUAUUAAACUGACCACGUCAGA